CAAGUUGCAUGUGAAUAUGCCCACUGGGAUCUUUUUGAAAGAAAGAAUUCAGGCUGGUCUUUGAGUCAUCUCUGGAAAGUUGUGGUUCUAAUCCUCCGUGAAGACAGAGCAGAGUGAUUGAUCUCCUAGAACACAAAAACUGAGAUGACACCCAUGAAGAAGGCUAUUGUCCUUGCAAUCUAUACCUUCUCCUUCCUGGCAGGCUUGCCUUCCAAUCUCCUGGCUGGCUACGCAUUCCUGAAGAAAGUGAGGCAGAAGCCAGUUCCCAUCGACAUCUUCUUGUUCAACUUGACCAUCUCCGACCUUUUCCUGCUGAUCUUCCUGCCCUUGAAAAUGGUGGAGGCUGCCAGUGACAUGACUUGGCCUCUUCCUGGCUUCCUUUGCCCACUCACCAACUUCUUCUUCUACAGCAGCAUCUACCUCAGCACCCUUUUCCUCAUGGCGGUCAGUGUGGAACGCUAUCUGUGCGUUGCCCAUCCGGUCAAGCACAAGCUGAAUCGCAAGCCAACCUCUGCAAUAGCAGCCAGCAUCUUCUUCUGGUUCCUGGCCUGCUCCCACUGUGCCAGCAUUGUCUAUGCUGUCGAAUACCACAACAGGACCCCGUCGGACCUUAACACCACCACAUGUUACUACAGCUUCUCCCAGGAGCAGCUCCGCAUCCUUCUCCCUUUCCGGCUGGAGCUCUGCCUCCUCCUCUUCUGCCUGCCUCUCGCCAUCACCUUCUUCUGCUAUGUCAACGUGAUCCGCAUCUUGACCACCAUGCCCAACAUCCCUCCCCACAAAAAGAAACGGGCGGUGUGCCUGGCGGUGGCCACGUUGCUUAAUUUCUCCAUUGCUUUUGCACCAUACAACAUCUCCCACAUUGUGGGCUUCAUUAAUAAGGAGAGUCCUUCCUGGAGAGUGGAGACUUUCUUCCUCACCUCCCUGAACACCACCUUGGACCCUGUCAUCUUCUUCUUCUCCUCCCACACCAUCCGACAAGCCUUCGGCAGCUGCUGGCUUGGCAUGUGCAGCAAGAUCCGGGCUUUUGUGUCACCCUGCUGUUUGUGUUGCUGCAAGACUCCUGAAGGGAACAAAGCAGGAGCUGGACAUAUAAAUGCUUCAGAUCUCCCCAGUGGAUUGGCAGGGGCUCCCACCCCUACACCUUUUGCGACUCAGCAAAGAUCUGGGUCAUCAGAUGAUUGAGCAGUCUGGAGCAAGCACCCCACAUAGAGAAGCAAACCUGGUGCUUAAACCCACAGGAAGCAGAGAACAUUCAAAUCCAAACAGUAUCUUCAUCCAUAAUCUGCCAGUUGUUCUAGUUUCCCAACGCAAGUUUUCCACCUGAAGCCAUGAACUUACCAUUUCAACCUGCAUUUUGAAUUGGAAAUUAACAUCACCUUGAAAAUGGGCAAACUUGGUUGCUUUUCGCUGGCAGGAAUAUAUCAGUUGUCGUUGUUUGCAAACAUCAAGGAUGAAAUUGCAUCUUCCAGUGAUUUCCAGGUGUUCUGCCUCCAGAGUAGGGAUGGAGGGAAAUCCAUUUUAAAUGGAUUUAUAGAUGGACUUUGGAGCUCUGACCUGAUUGAACUUUUCCUGUGUCAGACUGCCUCUUGCAUUGAGAACUCACUUAUGUCUGGGCUGCUUAUGUGGUGGUUAUAUGCCUGGUUAUAUGCAAAUAGUAUGCUUUUAAAACACACACACACACACACACACACACACACACACACACACCAGUCUCUGCCAGUACAUGGGAGAACUCUCCACCCACUGGCCACACUUGCCCCCAUCUUGGGUUUAGGGUUUAAUACCUGCUGGUGGCGCUGUGGGUUAAACCACAGAGCCUAGGGCUUGCCAAUCAGAAGGUCAGCGGUUUGAAUCCCCACGAAGGGGUGAGCUCCCAUUGAUCGGUCCCUACUCCUGCCAACCUAGCAGUUUGAAAGCACACCAGUGCAAGUAGAUAAAUAGGUACCACUGUGGUGGGAAGGUAAACGGCGUUUCCGUGCGCUGCUCUGGUUCGCCAGAAAUGGCUUAGUCAUGCUGGCCACAUGACCCGGAAGCUGUAUGCCUGCUCCCUCGGCCAGUAAAGGAAGAUGAGCGUCGCAACCCCAGAGUUGUCCACGACUGGACCUAACAGUCAGGGGUCCCUUUACCUUAACCUGCUGGUGGGGCUGCCCAGAUAAGGGCACUUAUAGGCAUAUGUGCUGGGACCAUCCACAAUUGCAUCCAUAAUUGGUAAGCUGAUAGCUGGCAACCCAAAGUUUGACAAUAAAUAACACCCCAAUUGUUCUGACCUUUGAUUACAUUCCUCCUGUUUGCAGCCCAUCUGACUAUAAUUCAGAGCUGGAAGGUUGCCUUGGCUUUUACACAGGAUGUGUGGCAUAAAAACGGUCUGUACAUUGUUUACUUGGAGAAGCUUAAUCAUGAACUCAAAGGGCUCUGCUGCACUGAGAGACUUUGUGACCAAAUGGUGGCCCUUUUUUAUUUAAAUGAAUACUCAUGUGAUGGGCCACUUUGUUCCAGCCAAGUAUGAUCUUAUUUGGAAGAAUGGCGGAACUUUCCUUUUAUUUUCCUGCUUUCCCACCAGUAUUAGUUACUGCUACCCUUAUAAUAAUGUUGCUUUUUGAUGGUUUCAUGUUUUAUAUUUUUGUAUGGUUUUUAAACCAGGUGGCGCUGUGGGUUAAACCACAGAGUCUAGGGCUUACUGAUCAGACAGUCGGCGG